UUAGCCGGUGUUGGGGUGACUGUAGCUGUGAUUGUGAUGGUAUGCCAAUAGGUGUGUGUAAUGGGAAACAUACAUACCGUGGGUCCCAAUGAGUCUCUGGUGGUGUCGGGCGGGUGUUGUGGGUCUACUCGGAAGGCGUUGGUGGUGGGCGGGUGGUCGUGGGCGUGGUGGCUGGUCACUGACGUACAGCGACUGUCCCUCGAGGUCAUGACACUCUCGCCCCGGUGUGAGAGUGUGGAGACGUCGCAGGGGGUGCCCCUCACGGUCACGGGUGUGGCCCAGUGUAAGGUCAUGACUGAGAAGGAGUUCCUCACCAUAGCUGCCGAGCAAUUCCUCGGCAAAAGUGUCGAUCACAUCAAGUGUGUGAUCCUUCAGACACUGGAGGGUCACUUGAGGGCCAUUUUGGGCACAUUGACGGUCGAGGAGGUGUAUCGGGAUAGGGAUCAGUUCGCGUCACUCGUGCGAGAGGUGGCCACUCCAGACGUGGGACGCAUGGGGAUAGAGAUCCUGUCGUUCACUAUUAAGGACGUGUACGACAACGUCGAGUACUUGGCCUCUCUGGGGAAGGCGCGCACGGCUGCCGUCAAACGGGACGCCAACGUAGGCGUGGCUCAGGCCGAGCGCGACGCCGGCAUCCGAGAGGCCGAGUGCGAGAAGUCGGCGAUGGAUGUGAAGUACGGCGCGAACACCAAGAUUGAGGACUCGCACCGACUCUAUUCACUACAAAAAGCACAGUUUGACUCA